AUCUAUUUUUUUAGUAGCACAUUUUUCUAAUGAUAGCCAACUAAAUUUAAAUGAGUUUUAAAUGCUUUUGUUUUUUUUACUUACAUAAAUAAAAAAAUUUCUGAUAAUUAAUCCUACUUAUUUAUAGCCAAAAAUGUCGACGGAGGAAGAAGCGCGCACGUUAGCAAUAAAAUGCGCCACGGGCGCCGUGCUUCCGAUGGUGGUGAAAACCGCCAUCGAGCUCGAUCUCUUCCAGCUGAUCAAAAACGCCGGCAGCAUUUCGGCAGAGGAGCUCGCUGCUCGGAUUCCUACGAGCAACCCUGGGGCCGGGGCCUUGCUCGAGAGGAUCCUCCGCCUCCUCACCGCCAACUCCGUCCUCAGCUGUGAGGGCGGAGAUGAGCGGCGCUACACUCUUUCGGCGGUGGGGAAGUUGUUCACGAAGAAUGAAGAAGGCGGAUCAUGGUGCGGCAUGUCGUUAACGGCGCAUGAUAAGGUGCUCAUGGAGUGUUGGUAUCACUUAAAAGAUGCAAUUUUGGAGGGAGGCAUUCCUUUUGAAAGAGCACAUGGAAUGAGUAUAUUUAAGUAUGCCUCCAAUGAUUCUAGAUUCAGCAAUCUUUUGAAUCAGACUAUGACUGACUCCACUUUAGAAUACAAGAAAAUAUUUGAAAUGUAUAGUAAUUUUGAGGGGAUUGAAAGCCUAGUCGAUGUUGGCGGCGGAAUUGGAGUAUUGCUAAGCAUUAUCAUCUCCAACAAUCCAUCCAUUAAGGGCAUCAAUUUUGAUUUGCCUCAUGUCAUUCAACAAGCUCCAUCUUAUCCAGGCAUAGAGCAUGUCGAAGGAGAUAUGUUCAUCAACGUGCCUAAAGGAGAUGCAAUUAUUAUGAAGAAUAUUAUGCAUGAUUGGGGCGAUGAAGAUUGCGUCAGAAUCUUGAAAAAUUGCAAAGCAGCUCUACCAAGAAGCGGGAAAGUUGUAAUUGUCGAAUAUGUCCUUCCGGAGAUCCCGGAGAGCGGUGUGGAAGAGUUACUCAAUGUGAUGAUGUCGGCCUAUACUUCAGGAGGUAAGGAGAGGACAGAAAUGGAAUUUCGAAUCUUGGGAAAACAAGGUGGAUUCCAAGGAUUCAGAAAAGUGUGCACUUCUUCCCAUUUCUGCUUCUUGGAGCUUUAUAAUUGAAGUUUUGAAUUUCCCUAUUAUAAGUAUAAUUUAAAACACCCUUCAAUGAAUGUACAUAAUGUAACCACAAUUGAUAGUCUAUUAACCUGAAAUUACUGGAAUUAAGAUGCCACAUUUAUCCCAAGUUUUGAAGAAUCUUUGAUAAUUUUAUCUUUAGGGCCCGUUUUGUAGAGGGGACACGGCUUGAUUGGAUAGUUUAUCAUAUUAUUUCCAGCUGUUUGGUUGCUUUUACACAUAGUCCGAAUGACCCAGGAUUCAACCGCCUAAUUUCACUGUUCGUAUAGGAAAAUAGGAAGUUUCUGUCCAUGACAAAUUUCAGGGUUUAUACUCCUGCUUCGUAAUAUGCGCCUUCUCACUCAUCCCAAUUUCCUCUACCAUCCUCGGAAUCGCCCAAAAAAUCAAAUCGACACCUGAGAAGCGAAUUAUCUACGAGAGCAUAAGGCGAAGGAGUUUGUGGAACAGCAGGGAUCUUCAAUCGAAGAUUACCCAAGGUAAUAACCCAAUUUGUAGAUUGAUUAAUUUCAAUGUCGAUUUUGGGUGAUUUUUCGAGGUGGGGGAGAACGAAAGGAAAUGUAGAACCGAAUUAGGGCUCCCAGUUGUGUGUAAUUUUGCGUACUAAUUACUUUGCUAAAUUGUUCACCUA